AUGCGUCUGGCCUCCUGGAAGCCAGACAGUGCCUCCCAGCAGUGUGAUAGUUGCGCCAAAAAAUUUGAGUUUUUUCGUCGCAGGCAUCACUGUAGGCUUUGUGGUGGGAUAUUCUGCUACAGCUGCUCUGAUGUGUUUCUCCCAGGCGAACUGAUACUGCUGCGAUGGCUAGAGAUUAAUGGGUACGAGAAGGCUUCAAAGAAGGCUGCUGCGACUGACACGACGACAUCCGAAAAGCUCCUGGAUAUGUUUCUGGAAAGGCAUUUUCUCACCAAAUCGGGCCUUAGUAAUUUUUUCCCGCCAGCACCAAAGACAGCCCCGCAACGGGUGUGUGUGCGGUGCUUCGAUGAUGUUGAGUCGCAUGCCUACGCACACAAGCCGACACUGAGCUGGAGGACGCACAGCAACCCCUUAUCCGACACGCUGAGAAGCGGCGCCCCCUCCAUAAACUGGCGCACUGCGAGUGACAGACGCGAGUCGUUGGUCGGAGGCCGCGAACGUAAGGUGUGUGUGAUACUGCUGAAAGGCAGUGGCGGCGUGGAGAGCGGCGAGCGCACAGACCUCAGGGAACUCUUCCACGCACUGGGGCAGCUGACUAUUCAGGCCAAGGCCGAGUCCACCCAUGGUAACUCAAGUAGUAAAGAAACCACGCCUUCACUCAGUCCUUCACUGAGUUCGGCCUCUGACCUUUCUGGGAGUGAAAAGAAUUUACUCAGUGUGUCUAUGGGAGGAAGAACGGCGACGGAAACAACAGGAAUAGGUCAGCAGGGUCUGCGUGGACGCUUCUCAGCCACAAGCACAACGACCAAGUAUCGGAAGAAGAUUGCUUUGCAGGUGCCGAUGUCUUUGGACACAUCUGAUCCCACUCAUCUUUCCCCAGGCACUACUGCCCCCAGUUUAUCGGUGAGGGUUCAGCUGAUUGGCGUCACCCAUCGGCACGGCUUUGACAAGGCACUAUUGCAGCAGCAUACCAUUGGCACAGAUGCUUAUAUUAUUUUGCUGGAUGGAGAACCCAUCUCUCCUUUGGAUACGCCCGCUUUUUCAGGCGUCAGUAGUGGAUUUGGAAAUGGAAACGCGUUAUCCUGCACUACAUCCCAGUCAGGCAACUCUGUUCCGUCCCCAACGAUAUCUAUAUUUCCGCGAUCAUUGGAUAUGUUGCAAGAGCCAUCCUUAGAGGCGGUGCCUCCGGCUAUUGGUGCGUCAUACGGUGAUUCCUUCUCUGGUAAAUUGGUGGAAAGCGCCCGUGCUGUGUGGGAGGCGAUUGGACGGUAUGGCGGGGACAUUCCCAUAUGUGCCGUUAUUGAUUGUGCAUCUUGCAUCGGCGCGGGCAACACGGAAUUAGGUGCUUUCUCUGCUGUCCCAGGCAACAGCACUUCGCAGAUGGGUGCAGGCAUGAACCUUCGCUGUCAGAGUGACAAACAGCAAAAGAGUGUGUCCGUGGAGGGUCAGGCGGCUGCGCUGCACAAGGCCCUCCUUCUUCUUACCAAUGAGGUUAUCCGCCGUGACGUAAUGCGGCGAAAAUAUUGA